UGUGUGUAACCAAAUGAUCAUUGCGCAUUCAUCGCAAAAGGCCCUAUAAAAUCCUUCACCCAUAUGCUUACUAACUCAUAGAUAUAUCUUAAACAUUUUUCUAUGAGCCAAUAAAUGGGCGAUUCAACCCCUCUUCUCUCCGAAAUCAACUCGGCCGAGUCAGAACCCCCAUUGUUGCACAAACACGUUCCCUCCCUAGACUCCACGAUCGAACGGUGCAUCGGAGAUUUCGGGUGGGCCCAAUUCCUCCAAGCCAUCCUUGUAUCGUUUUCGUGGUUCUUUGAUGCCCAACAAACCUUCAUCACCGUCUUCACAGACGCCGAGCCAACAUGGCACUGCCCCAACUCGAUGAUCCUACACAACUCAUGCAACUCAGCCUCAAACGUUUGCCAACUUCCUCAAAAUUCAUGGGCUUGGGACUGGCCAAGACACACUUCCACCAUCUCCGAAUGGGCCCUGCAGUGUUCACCGUCACUCGUCCAGGGUAUGCCCGCCUCAGCUUUCUUCAUGGGUUGCUUAAUAGGUGGGCUUGCCUUGGCCACACUUGCUGACACGUCACUGGGCCGCAAAAACAUGCUCUUCCUCACUUGUCUCUUCAUGUCUUUGUCCACCUUUCUCACUGCCUUCUCCCCCAACAUAUGGAUCUACUCCAUCCUCCGAUUCAUCACUGGAUUUGGCCGUGCUACCAUCGGCACCUCUGCUCUUGUCCUAUCAACGGAGCUUGUCGGGAGGAGGUGGCGUGGCCAGGUAGGUGUCAUUGGAUACUUCUGCUUCACUCUAGGGUUUCUAUCCCUACCAGCUAUUGCAUACACUCAAAGAGCUCAUUCAUGGAGAACACUCUAUUUUUGUACUUCCAUCCCUACAUUCUUGUAUUGCAUAAUGGUUCGUUUCUUGGUUCAUGAGUCACCAAGAUGGCUCUUCGUUCGAGGCCGCAAAGAAGAAGCAAUUGCAACACUAAAACACAUUGCACCCAUCAAUGGUACUAGUACUAAAACACCACUCACCUCUAGCUUCUUUUCGAACUUGUCCUUUGAGCAAGAAACAGGGAACGUUGAUCUCUACUCGGCGAUCAAAGUUCUGGUGAAGAGAAGAUGGGCUUUUAGGAGAUUGUCCGCGCUUAUGGCAAUGGGAUUUGGUGUUGGAAUGGUAUAUUAUGGAAUGCCAUUAGCCUUGGGAAGCUUGGACUUCAAUAUCUACUUAAGUGUCACGUUCAAUGGCUUGUCAGAGCUACCAGCUUCAUUAAUCACAUUAGUCUUCAUUGCCAAAAUGAACAGGAAGACCUCACUCUUGGUUUUCACUAGUCUUAGUGGGGUGUUUAGCAUCAUGUCCGUAUUGAAAGGAAUUCAUCCAAUAUGGACAACAAUACAAAUUGUGUUCGAGCUUGUGUCUUUUUUCAGCGCCUGCUCGGCUCUCAAUAUCUUGCUAAUAUUUACGGUUGAGCUUUUCCCCACCUGCGUGAGAAACUCGGCUGUGUCGAUGGUGAGGCAGGCGGUGGUAUUGGGAGGAGUGUUUAGUCCAAUGCUGGCGGCCGCUGGGAGAGUCAAUGGCGGGUUUUUGUCGUAUGGAGUGUUUGGGGUUGUGGUUGGGCUUUUUGGGUUGUUUGUGGUUUGUUUGCAAGAGACAAGAGGUAGAGGGAUUUGUGAUACAAUGGAUGAAGAAGAGUACAAACAAAGAGACAGCUACUUGUAAUGCGGUCCCUGGUGAUGUACGUAGAUUGAUUUAAACUACUUUGUCUUGUAAGGCUUUCCUCAAAUAAUCUGGAGUUAAUAUUUUUCCACGACAA